UAAGAAAAUCUUUACAGAAUAAAAUUUGAAGUUGAUUAAUAAAGCAAUCCAUAAUUUAAAUAUUUAAAAAUACAGUAGCAGCUACUUAGAGUACAUUACAAAUUUCAAAUUCAUUUGAAAAAUCAAAUCAUAAUAAAACCCAAUAAAACUCAUAUGAUCUCACCUUCUUCACUCAUUCAGUCCUAGCUCAAAAAAAAAAAAAAAAAAAAAAAAAACAGAGGAGAGAGAAAGUAGAAGAAGAUAGAAAAAAAUGGCGGAAAGAGCAACAGCUGGUAAAAAAUCUCACACUUCAACAGCUGAUCUCCUUACUUGGACUGAAACUCCUCUUCCUCAUUCUCCUGCUCCUUCCUCUGCUCCUCGUUCUCACCAGCCGUCGGAUGCGGUGAGUAAGGUGUUGUUUGGUGGUCAGAUCAGUGAGGAGGAAGCUGAGAGUCUUGCUAAGAGGAAGCCUUGUUCUGGAUAUAAAAUGAAGGAGAUGACUGGAAGUGGAAUAUUUGCGGGUUCUGAAGAUGAUACUACAGCAGAAUCUGGGAGUGCUAAUCCCAAUUCAAAUAAAACUGGAUUGAGAGUUUAUCAGCAAGCUGUCAAUGGAAUUAGCCAGAUUUCUUUUAGUGUCGAUGAAAGUGUGAUCCCCAAGAAGCCUACGUCUCUGCCAGAGGUUGCAAAGCAACGUGAAUUGAGUGGCACUCUGGAAGCUGAGGCAGACUCAAAGAUCAAAAAGGGACUGUCAGAUGCCAAGUGCAAGGAACUCAGUGGAAAUGACAUUUUUGGCCCACCUCCGGAAAAUCUUCCUCGAUCAUUGGCUGUUGCACGUUCAUUGGAGUCAAAAGAAAAGGACAUGGGUGAGCCAGCACCACGAACUGUCCGGACAUCUGUUAGAGUUUCCAAUCCUGCUGGAGGACAGAGUAAUAUUAUGUUUGGUGAUGAUCCUGCUGUCAAGUCAACAAGGAAGCUUCAUAACCAGAAGUUCCAAGAGCUGACAGGUAACGACAUCUUUAAGGGGGAUGCUCCUGCAGAGUCAGCAGAGAAGCAUCUCAGCAAGGCUAAGCUGAGAGAGAUGAGUGGGAGCAAUAUAUUUGCUGAGGGAGAGAAAGUAGAACCCCGAGAUUAUUUUGGUGGUGUGCGCAAGCCUCCUGGUGGAGAAAGCAGCAUUAGUUUAGUUUAAGAUCCUGUGUUAAUCAGUAAUCAUGGCUAUAUAUUGACCAACUGUUAUCUGAUAGGACUGGCAAGAGCUCUUCCUGCCUUUUGUGCAGCGCCCCUUGAGGGGUUUGUUAGCUAGCUAGCUAACCAACACGGUAGCAGGUUUUGACUUUGUACCCUGAAUAAAUUAGCUUCAGACUUGCCAUGUAAUGGCAUUAUGUUAAUUAUUAGGAUUUCUGCAUGUUUUGCAGUUAUUUUAGGACUUCAUCAGAUCAUUUAAUGUAGGACUAUAUGCGUUUACCUUGAGUUCUUGCUGUUUGAGUGCUGUAUUCUGAUUACCAAAUGGUUGCUCACCAUCUAACCCUGUGAGGCUGUGAUAACCUAUGCAGUUAUACAAGUUGAUUUUCGGUCA